AUGGCUCACGUACAGGUCCAGCAGAUCCAGGAUGAUGCAGACGCUUUGGAUCUCAUUCUGAGACGACGGCGGAGGAGAGUCCUGAGGCGUAAGCGGCUUUGGGUUCGAAAAUGGCUGGACGAAGUCAGACGGUUGCAGCAAGGUCUCAAACUGUUCGAGAGCAAAUGGGAGAAUGGAGAACUGAUGGAGAUAUCGUUUUUAAAGCGAGAGUACGACGAAACCGCUACGGAGGACCACAAUAAGACAAAAUCGGUUACGACAAACCAGCCUGGCAUAAUUCGAACAAGAGAAGUGUCGUGUUUCUGUAACCGCAUCGAUUCAAGUGGAUGUGACUGUUUCAAUCCAGUUAUCACGGAGUUUGAAAAGAAAAGAUCACCAGAUUCUCAAUCACAUGGCACCGGUGUUUCUGCUGAAACAAAUAUAGACACAACCUCUGACAACAUACUCAGAAACGAGACAAUGGCCAAUGCCUCAUCUACCGAUUUUGUGGUCAAUGUGGAUAUACCGGAAGUUGCUUCUGUCGACGCGUCAGGGGAUAAAGGCACACCGGACAACUCCGCCGAAAAAACUGCGCCAGGACUUCUGAAACCAGUGGUAACUGUAGAUCAGCAUCUCAUUGGCCAAUACAUCGUUGUAGAGUACGACGGGCUGCCUUAUCCUGGAGAAGUUUUAGAUGUUGACGAGGAAGAUCUUGAAGUUAAGGUUAUGCACAAGAUUGGAAAGAACAGGUUUUUCUGGCCGUUACUCGACGACACUCUGUGGUACCACAAAGACAAAGUUGUCACGAUACUGGACGGUGCUCCUGUAAGGGUGACUGGGCGGCAUUGGAAAAUAAAUCAUGAUGUUUGGGACCAAAUUGAAGACAUUCUGGACUUAUGAAUAAAUGACUGUGGUCAUUAUUGGACGGUGCUCCCGAGAGUGUGCCUGGGCGGCAUUUUUAAAUGACGACGUUUGGCACCAAAUCGAAGACAUUCUAGACUUAUGAAAAGAUGACAUAUGUUCUUUGUGUUUAAUAUUCAUGAUGGUUCUUGGAGAAUAGUUAUAACUGCGUUCCAGUUCAUAUGUUUAUUGUGUUUUGUCAUUUCCGUAACAAAAAUUGUCAAAUACAGUUAUGUUUUAAAAAUUUAUCCACGUAUUGCAUAUAAUACACUAAAAGGUAUAUAUUUUUGAUUUGUUAGAUAAAUGAAAUAGUUUUUGGUGAUUUUACAUUGAAAAUUUAUGUGUUUAUCAACUCCGUAAUAUGCCUAUCAUUCCCAUUACGCAUUAUCAGUUCCGUAACAUGACGUUUUAUGAGUGUUGUUAGUAUCAUUUAGGAAUAUUAUUCACACCUUAUAUGUCAUUUUGCUACUUUCAAAUUAGUUUUAACAAUUGGUUCUGAUUUGGA